UAAACCAGGCUGGAGGCUGGAGUGGCUAGAUAGGUUGUGUGGCUUGGUCGGGUCUCCGAGUCGGCGGAGAGACCUGCGGGAGAGGUCCCGCCGGGCCGGCCAGGCCAUGCCGACGCGGGCGGAAGACUACGAGGUGCUGAGCACCAUUGGCACGGGCUCCUACGGCCGCUGCCAGAAGAUCCGGAGGAAGAGCGAUGGCAAGAUAUUAGUUUGGAAAGAACUUGACUAUGGCUCCAUGACAGAAGCCGAGAAACAGAUGCUUGUUUCCGAAGUGAAUUUACUCCGUGAACUGAAACAUCCAAACAUCGUCCGUUACUAUGAUCGAAUUAUUGACCGAACCAACACAACACUGUACAUUGUAAUGGAAUAUUGCGAAGGAGGGGACCUGGCUAGUGUAAUUACAAAGGGAACCAAGGAAAGGCAAUACUUAGAUGAAGAAUUUGUUCUUCGAGUGAUGGCUCAGUUGACUCUGGCCCUAAAGGAAUGUCACAGACGGAGCGAUGGUGGCCAUACCGUGCUGCAUCGGGAUCUGAAACCAGCCAAUGUUUUCCUGGAUGGCAAGCGAAACGUUAAGCUUGGCGACUUUGGGCUAGCUAGAAUAUUAAACCACGAUACGAGUUUUGCAAAAACAUUUGUUGGUACACCCUAUUACAUGUCUCCUGAGCAGGUGAAUUGCACGUCCUACAACGAGAAAUCAGAUAUCUGGUCGCUGGGUUGUUUGCUGUAUGAAUUGUGUGCGUUAAUGCCUCCCUUUACAGCUUUCAACCAGAAAGAACUAGCUGGGAAGAUUAGAGAAGGCAAAUUCAGGCGAAUUCCAUAUCGUUACUCUGAUGAAUUGAAUGACAUUAUUACAAAGAUGUUAAAUUUAAAGGAUUACCAUCGGCCUUCUGUUGAGGAAAUUCUUGAGAAUCCUUUGAUAGCAGACCUAGUUGCAGAAGAGCAAAGAAGAAAUCUUGAGAAAAGAGGGCGGCGAGUGGAACCGGAGAAGUUACAGGAUUCCAGCCCCGUCUUGGGAGAGCUGAAACUGAAGGAAAUGCAGUUACAGGAGCGAGAGCGAGCCCUCAAGGCACGAGAAGAACGGCUGGAGCAGAAGGAGCGUGAGCUCUGUGUCCGGGAGAGACUGGCAGAGGACAAGCUGGCGAGGGCAGAAAAUCUGUUGAAGAAUUACAGCGUGAUGAAGGAGCGGAAGUUCCUGUGUCUGGCGGUGGAUCCAGAACUUUUUGAUCUUCCAUCGAUUGUUAAGAAGAAAGUUCAUUUCAGUGAGGAAAGUAAAGAGAAUGUCACGACGAGUGAGAAUUCUGAGAGUCUGCUCACCUCGAAGUCCAAGUGCAAAGACCUGAAGAAAAGGCUCCAAGCUGCCCAGCUCCGCCUUCAAGCCUUGUCAGAUAUUGAAAAAAACUACCAGCUGAAAAGCAGGCAGAUUCUGGGCAUGCGCUAGCCCGGCAGAGAGCCCCAGAGCUGGCGCCAGUGUUGAGCGCCGCCGCCCCGUGGGAGCCUGGUGCUCACCGCCGUGGCUCACGCCCUUGGUCCCGCGAGCCGCGCCAUUUUGUACAGUGAGCCAGACGUUUUGGAAUCACUUCGGUGAUUCUACAACAAUUGUACAAAAUGCCCACACCUUUCAUUUUUCUUUCUUUCUUUCAAAGAACAUUUAAAGAAAGAAUGACAUUUUUGUUGGUUGGGGUUUUGUUGCUGUGUGAGAUUACUACUGGAAGGUGAAGACUAGGGGAAAAUAAUGUUAGGGGAAAAGUGCUUAGUCAGGAGUGGUGUUGGACGACUGGGUGAUGUGCUAACGAUGGUUGUGCCAAAAUUCCAGGUUCUGUGUGUUCCUCAGCUUAGAAAACGUAAGUGGACAGAUUGGGCGCCAGUGGUUAGCCCUCUCCCUUGUAAGUGUCCCAUUGGUCUGCAGUGCGAAUCUGUCCCCUUUCGUGAAAUUCAUCACCAUGAUGUUCGUCGUCUUCCUUUUUAUCCUGUUUAAGGGUCUAUGGACUGGAUAUCGCUUAUGCAUCUGCUUCUCGCUAAAUAAAAUAAUUUUUAGUUUUCCUAUA